AUGAAGACAUUCGUCUCUCUCACCUCACUAGCGUUGAUGGAGGCCCUUGCCCUGGCGCAGAUUACCAUUGGUUUUGGCCCUUAUUUCUCUCUUGGACCAACUAAAUCAUGGAUCAGGGAGGCGAACACAACCUUGGUUCUCCCCACGGUGCCUAACCCAGCUGUCGACCGCCUGGCGUUAUGGCCUGGGAUGGGAACAAGUGACGGCGAUCUCAUCCAAGCUAUUGCCGUCGCCACUGCCAAUCCUGCUACAGAGUGUCGUGGCACCACGGGACAAUGGUGUGUGUUCGCAAGCACAUUGGAGUCCCAACAGGAGGCCGGAACGCAGUCGCCCCAGAAUGCUGGCGCUCAUCUUAUUAUCCACUACGUAUAUAACGAUAGCACGCAAAAGUAUGACCAAGCAGUCUCUAUUAACGGCAAAGUACUUUCAACCCUCUCAACAUCAUCGGGAAAUGCUCAAGGCUGGGGUACUGCAGUCGAAUGUCAAGAGAGCGCAUGCCACGGGACCGUUGCUACUCACCAAUACCUCGACACCACCAUUGUACUCAAUGCUGCAGAUCCAACUUUUGGUAAUACUUUGGCACUCAAUGAAGUUAGCUCAUCGGGUCUUUCAACCACGGAUGGCGGAAAAACCUGGGUCGUGAAAACCAUCAAGGUGCAGCAACACACUUUCAAUCUUUAA